AUGGAGUCGCGCGAAUAUGGAGUGGUGACGAGCUCAUCGUCCAUGCCACGGUUCUCGAAGGGCCACAUCUUGGCCAUUGAGUACGCCCCGAUCGGGUACGAUGCCGGCACUGCUCGUUUCUUUUGGGCGAAGAAAUCCUGCGACGGAUCCAUCGUCGAUCUUUCCAUAUUUCAGGAUCAUCUUAUCGCCUGCACCGCAACGGACAUCACCGUCAUGGAACUCUCACGACACGGGGACCCAUUUGCCUCACGAACUUCGUUGAAGCUGAGCCAACCCAGUUAUUCGAUGUUCGGUGGCUUCGAUGCUACCUUUUGGCUCUCCUCUGUCCGAUUGGUCGAUUUAAAUGGCACAGCGUACCUAAUGGCCGUUCAAAUUGGCGCGUAUGGGCGUCUGUACGUACUUGGAACAGAGUGGCCACGCGAAGCGCUGGCGGGCGACAGUUGCUCUCUGCCAAAGACGGAUAAAGCGGGCAGCUUUCAUUCCCACUGGCGGAAUCUCCCAACCCUUCUGGACCCGGAUGGCGACAGCCGGUGGAUGGACAAGCAUGCCUGGGCAGAUGAUGGAGGGUUCCAAAUGUUGAGCGGCGCCCAAAAGGUGCUGGAGGUGAGCUACGACGGUGUGGUUGUGGUUCGUGCAUCGAUGGGAGGAUGGUGGAUGGUGCACCUCCUGACAUGGCGGGUCGAACAGUACGACGACAUCGCCUACGGACAGAGUCGAUCCCUUGUCUCCAACCCGUCCCCUCCUACGUGUGCUCUGACAUGUGAACCCGAGGCACAAGCGCGGGGUCAGUACGUGUAUGUUAACCCCGAGAGGCCCCGCCUGCGGCAUCAGACAACAGAAAUCGGCGACCCGACGGAAAUCGGUGCGAGACCGCCUUUCAAGAAAUCUUCCAUGGGCGGUCUCCCUCCUGAGAUCUUGUUACUGGUCAACGACGAGGUGGGACGAACGGGUCUCCGUGGUGCAAAACCCAUGGCUAACUCGCUAUAG